CUUCAAUUCGUAUUUUUCUGUGUUUUAAGUUCGAGGUUUCUUUUCUGCUUUUGUACUCGUUUUGUGAGAAACAGGGAGAGAGACAUGAUUAAAAUUUUAGGAACCUUGUUUUCCAACGUAAAUGGCAUUCACUUCUGUGAAAUCUGAAUUUUUCGGUGAGAGUGCAUCAAUGAGUGGUGUUGACAGGAUCAGCAGUCUUCCAGACGAGGCAGCACACCACCUUCUUGGUUUUCUUGAUGUUGGGGACCUUUCCCACCUCAUCUUGGUAUCCAAGAGGUGGAAUAGCUUAUGUAUGCCCGUCCCUGUAUUGACUAUUGAUAACAGAGAACAUGCUAGUGAUUUAGCUUCCUAUGAUCGCUAUAUUCUUAUGCUUGAAAGCUUCUUGGCUCUUCGACACAAGGCUCGGGUAGUGGUUCGUAAGUUUAAACUCACUUGGCAAUUUUGUGGGGAGGGAGAAAGAAAGAAAACUAGAAUGACGCGUAAGGGAAACAUAAUGCUUCUAGUCAUUUCUAAUCUUACUUACAAGUUAAAAGAGCUUGCAGUGCGCACCAAAAAUAUCACUUUCCUCUCUCCAGAUCAUCCAGUAUGUUCAUACACAACCUUUCAACUAGAAAGCCUAACAUUGGAAUCUUUGAAACUCAGUCACACAACUAUUGGUGGUCCUGCACCAACGUAUGCUCGAGGUUGGCUCUUCUUGGGUGCGUUGGGAUAAAGCUUCUCAGUUUCAUUAGUGGAUCUCUUGAGCAUUUAAUGAUAAUUGAUAAUAAAGUUGUUGAACUUGAAUAUGUUUCCAUUCUUUGUCCUCGUCUUCGAUAUCUAGUUCUUAAAUGGUAUUCUUCUCCCAGUAUUAGUCCUAGAUUACAAAUAUAUGCACCUUAAUUGAGGGCGCUUUUUUGGUAUGGUUUUCCUUUGGGGAUCAUGUAAUUACCUCUCCUACCUCCAUUUACAGCGUGCCGUAUUCCAUCUCCUACUGCCUUCUGGAUCAGGGCCUCUAUGGAGGAGGAUAUAUCAGCCCCAUGGGACAUAUCUGAAGCUUCCAACUUCUUGCUGGCUUUUCUUUAUCGAAGGAUUUUCCUAUCUCCAUUAAGUAAUGCAGAGUCUUGCUACAGAUUGUUGCAAUUUAACUGAUAAAGAGGUACCUGCGAUUAGCUUCUUUCUCCAAGGAGUGUCUCAUUUUCCAAUUUAUCAUCUUCUUCAGUUCUAAAGUCUGCAACAAUUAGCUGCUACACAUCCACACCAUAUUCAACAAAACGAGUAUCAUUUCUUAAUGGAUUAGCCGAUCACCCUCCAACCAGGCAACAACGAAAAUUGUCAUUGGGUUCGACAGAGCUGCAAGAAAAUCAAUCAAGCAAACUGGAAAUUUGGAUAUAAACCUCAGUUAUGUCGCGAAACGUGAAUACUGGUGCAGAUUAUCUUGGGGCGGUAUGAUUGUUAUAGGGCAACUCGGGCAUAGACUACACUAAG